AGAAAGAAGGAAAGAAGGAAAGAGAGAGGCAGAGGAGGGGAAAAGGGAGGGACCAGCUGGCUUUAGUACUCCAAAGAAGCCACUGCUUCACUGCCUGUCUGACAAGAGCUUGGCAGCUCCUGGAGAGGUGAAGAGAAAGGGAAGCCCAGCCAGGGAAAGGCGCCACAGGAGGAAGAGUGCCCAUAAGAUGCUAAGUCCUCUUCAGAAAUGUGGCUCUGAAGGCUGCCUUGUAGACUGUGACUUUUUACCCUGGCACCGCAGCACCCUCCACCGGCGACAACAAAGCUGUGAGGAGUCAGAGCCAGGAGAGGACAACGAAAGACGGGGCCAAGAGGCACUCCGUCCCCCGAGCAUCCGCUUGGAGGUUACGGAUGCGACGGCCUGUCCUCAGCUUCCACUACAAGACCCCGGAGGUGUGUGGCGUUCCCGCAGCGAAGGGCGCUUGGACCAAAAUGGGGUGCCGUGUCAAGGAGAAACUGAGGGGGACAAAACCGGAAGCGGGUGGAGUUUGCCAUCCCCUAAAUCUCUGCGGAAAGAGCGGCGGCUAAGAGGGAAAGUUGCGGCUGCAAAGGAGCACUUGAGAAAUCUCUUUGGCGGCUCGAAUAAAUCUCUGGCCUCGAGUGUGGAGUCAGAUUUGGGAUCAGACUGUGACAGUACCCAACAGACACGUCAGAGGCAGAAACACCGGCGCAGGAGGAAUAAAAAAACUUUCCUAAGGCUAUGGAGCUCAGGAAGCCAGGGUACACACUCGCUAAGGCCAACUCCUGAAGAGGCUCAGGAAUGGGCAGAAUCUUUGGAAAAGCUGUUACUUCAUCCAUAUGGUCAAGCAGCCUUUCGCUCUUUCUUGGAGUCAGAGUUCAGUGAAGAGAACCUGGAAUUUUGGAUGGCAUGUGAAGAAUACAGGAAGCUCCGUGGCUGUGAGAAACUCCAAGACAACGCUCGGAAAAUAUAUGACCAAUAUAUCACCAUCCAUGCCCCUAAAGAGGUGAACCUCGAUUCCCAAACCCGGGAUAUCACCAACCGGAACAUUUUGCUCCCCACCCGCUCUUGCUUCGAACAGGCCCAGAGGCGCAUCUUUGGCCUGAUGGAGAAGGACUCAUACCCCAGAUUCCUCCGAUCCCUUGUUUACCAAACCUUGGCACAUCCUAACAGACAGCAGCCCAAUGGGCCUGUGUAAUCCUGCCAGAUUAGCCCUCUGUUCUCUUGUGGCAUUGAUCAAGGAGAGGAAAAGACACCUCUUUCUCAGCCUGGAGUUCCCCUGCUGGCAUGUUUAGGACCUGCACAGCCAAAAAGCAUGUGAAGGAAAAGAAUUUGUCUGGUUCUCCGAGGCCAGCAACCAAUGCUGGUGAAACUGUGGACUUGUCAACUAUUUGUGUGGAUAAAUUGGAUUACAGGAUGUUAGUGCUUUGCCAGUUUGGCACAGCAGGUUUUGUGGACUGAUAAGAAAAUAUACAUUAGAAUUCUAGAACCA